AUGCAAAUCGAACAAGCACAACAACAACAACAACAACAAACUACUUCAGAGAACAUGCCCGAGAUCAUUGAGCUUGAUCAAUUGACUGAAGCCAUGAAGAAAGAACAAGAGCAAAUUCCUGCCAUUCGAGCUGCUAGAGAGAGUGAUGAUUACUUUGCAGUCGACCCAUACAGCCUAUUGAAGGAGGAAGCACGAUUACAAUCAUUGACAGCUUCGGCGUUGCGUGGCAAGGACAAGAUCAUCGUACCUCCUGUAUUGUUUUACAACAAGGCUCGGACUGAAGUGGUAUCCGCAUUACAUUUGGGUAAACAAUUGUGUGGUCAUGCUGGGAUCAUUCAUGGUGGUAUGAUUGCAACCUUGUUGGAUGAGAUCUUGGGAUGUGUGGCCUUUGCAUCACUUCCCAACAAUAUUGGAUUUACAGCCAACUUGAACAUUGAUUAUCGACAACCUCUCAAAGCUGAUCAAUGGGUUGUAUUAAGAGGUCAUCUGGAUCGUAUUGAAGGUCGUAAGGCCUAUGUACAAGCAUGGAUUGAAAGUACGGAUGGCGAGACGCGUUAUAGUGAAGCUAAAUCACUUUACAUUGGCCCAAAGACAUCAGAGUAA